UAGUGUUGUGGCUGUUCAGUGUCUAUGUCAAUUUUAGAGUGAUUUUUCUUAAUAAGAACGAAGAAACUGCCAUGGGUGGCGAUCACUAUAUCACAGGGGAUCGAGCAAAAUAGUUGCGUAUUUAUGAGUAUUUGUAUCGCCAAAGGAUCGACUUUAAUUUGCGUUUCAUUUGUCGCGGGAACUGUACACAGCGGUGAGAGAGCACGCAGAGUGCUGUCUUCCCAGCAACAAAUUUCACUCCUGACCUUCUACAGCGACAAGUUAGCUUUUCGAACCGAUUCGACGUACGAUCGUGAUCUCGUUGCGUUCCGUACCAGCGACACGUGAAAGCGGAAACGUGCACGACGUGAAGUUUUCCCGCGCGUCCUGAGAGGUUUUCUUGGCGCAAGAAUCAAGGCUUAUGCAACGAAGAGCGCAUAAACAUCUAUUACGGUAAACAAUCUCGUUCCGUCAACCGAACUUCAAGGCAUGCGAGCUGGGCGACGGUCUGUUGUCGUUUGCAUUGUAUCUUAUGAAUCGCUAGUGACAAAACUCGAUGUAUCGUGCAAGCUCGUUACAGGAGGUAUUGUACAAUUAGUGGCGAAUGCUAAGCAAAUAGAUUGGCUGGCGAAGCCUGUUAUUAAUUAUUAUUAGAAACAAACAAAGAUUCCUUAUGGCGUUUUUACUAAUUAACAGUCAUAUCUUCGAUUUACCAAACCUAUUAGAUGAGAGUAAUCGUAUAUACAAGUCAGAAUCUUAAAGAAGGCAUAUAUACUUUUGAGUUGUCUGUGUCUUGUACAGUUGGUAUUCUAAUAAAAAGCCUUAAUGGGUUACAAGAGAGUAAUUGACAGAUCGAUACAUGUGGAUUAUUGUGCAUUUGUCGAUUCAUCAGAGAGUUGAAAAAUUAUCUGUAAAAAUACUUUAGAAAGCCAAAGAGUCGGUGGAAAUAAAAAGGGAUGCAAGGUUGUUGGUGAUAAUAUCGAACAGUGUGCAUCAGUUAGUUUUACAAUAUGACGGAUACACGCAGAAGAGUAAAGUUAUAUGCGCUCAAUGCUGAUAGACAGUGGGACGACCGUGGUACAGGUCAUGUUUCUUCUUCGUACGUAGAUAGACUGAAAGGAAUUUCACUUUUGGUCAGAGCAGAGAGUGAUGGUUCUGUUUUAUUGGAAAGUAGAAUACAACCUGACACUGCAUAUCAAAAGCAACAGGAUACUUUAAUAGUUUGGUCAGAAGGAGAUAAUUUUGAUUUAGCCUUAAGUUUUCAAGAAAAGGCUGGCUGUGAUGAAAUUUGGGAGAAAAUAUGUCAAGUUCAAGGCAAAGAUCCAUCUGUUGAAAUUACACAAGAUAUUGUAGAAGAAUCAGAAGAUGAACGGUUCGAUGAUAUGUCAGAUGCUGCACCUCCUAUAGAAUUGCCACCGUGUGAAUUGAGCCGCCUGGAAGACAUUAACGAACUGAUAGGAAAUUGCUUAUCUUCUCAAAUGAGGAAAGAUAAAUUGGCAUUGGCUUUAGAAUCAGAAGGUUACAUUAAGAAACUAUUAAAUCUGUUUCACACGUGCGAAGAUCUAGAAAACAUUGAAGGGUUGCAUCAUCUUUAUGACAUAUUUAAAAAUAUUUUCCUACUUAACAAGAACACAUUAUUUGAAGUUAUGUUUAGCGAUGAUACGAUUUUUGAUGUUGUUGGAUGUUUAGAAUACGAGCCAACAUUACCUCAGCCAAAGAGGCAUAGAGAAUAUCUUCGACAAUUAGCCAGAUUUAAGCAAGCAAUUCCUAUUACAAACACCGAACUGCUAGCUAAAAUUCACCAAACGUAUCGAGUUCAAUACAUUCAGGAUGUAGUUUUACCAACCCCAAGUGUAUUCGAAGAUAAUAUGUUGAAUACACUGAGUAGCUUUAUAUUUUUUAAUAAAGUUGAAAUAGUAACCCUGAUACAGGACGACGAGAAAUUCCUUACUGAACUAUUCCGUCAGUUAACGGACGAAGCUACAUCUGAUAGUAAAAGACGCGAUCUAGUUCUUUUCUUAAAAGAAUUUUGUAACUUUUCUCAGAAUCUUCAACCGCAAGGAAAGGAGGCCUUUUAUAAAACUUUAACAGCCCUUGGUAUUUUACCUGCAUUAGAAAUUACCCUGGCGAUGGACGAUGCCCAAACAAAAACAGCCAGUAUAGAUAUAUUGACUUAUAUAGUGGAAUAUUCUCCAAGUGUUGUUCGAGAUUAUACACUGCAACAAAUAAAUAAUACAGAACAGGACCAAAUGUUAAUAAAUGUAAUAGUUGCUCAACUCGUUGGCGAUAGCGAUCCAGAGUUGGGUGGAGCAGUACAACUAGCUGGUGUGUUACGUCUGCUCCUUGAUCCAGAAAACAUGUUGGCUUCCGUUAACAAAUCAGAAAAGACUGAUUUCUUAAACUAUUUCUACAAGAAUAGUAUUGGAACAUUAAUAGCACCUCUUUUAGCAAACACUAUCGGAGAACGACCAGCAAGGGAAGAUUAUAGAACAGUACAGCUUUUAGGAUUAAUCUUAGAACUACUGUCAUUUUGUGUAGAGCAUCAUACAUACCACAUCAAGAAUUGCAUAUUAAACAAAGAUCUGCUCAAACGGAUACUGGUUUUAAUGAAAUCGACACACACGUUUUUAGUAUUGUGCGCCUUAAGGUUUAUGAGAAAAAUCGUAGCUCUGAAAGAUGAAUUUUACAAUAGAUAUAUUAUCAAGGGGAAUUUAUUUGCACCUGUGUUUGAUGCAUUUGUAAGAAAUAAUGGUAGAUAUAAUCUGUUGGAUUCUGCGAUUCUUGAAAUGUUCGAGUUCAUUAAAUUGGAGGAUAUUAAGUCCUUAUGUUCACACGUUGUUGAAAAUUUUUCAAAAGAAUUGGAAGCAAUCGAUUAUGUACAAACGUUUAAAGCUUUGAAAUUAAGGUACGAGCAACAUCAAGACAAGUUAAAGGAUAGAGACAGAGCAGCUCUUGACAGUGUUCCAUCCAUAUUGAGAAAUAGUCGAUACAGAAGGGACCAGAGACAAUUAGACGAAGAAGAAGAAAUGUGGUUCAAUGAAGAGGAAGACUUUGACGAGGGUGAGGCGGUCGUACCCGCAGCAGCAGCAGAUCUUGUGCCUCCGGCUUCAGCUAAGAAACAGUCAUCAACUUCAAAUUCUGCACUUAAUCCUGCUCUUGCAGAUUCUAAAAGCCAUCAUCAGCAGCAACAGCAACAGCAAUCUGUGUUGAACAAUAAUACAGCUAACAAUAACAUUACCUCGCAGCAGUCACAAAUCAACAAUAGUACAACAGCAACGAACGAGUCUCCGAUCACUUCGGAAAUAAAUCCAAAUUCGGCUAUUGGCACGGUAGACAAAACUGGCACUGCAUUAUUUAAAAAGGGCUUGGUUGAUUACGAGGGCGAUUCGGACGAAGAAGACGAGGAUACGGAGGUAACGCCUUCCCCAAAACGGCAAAGAUUGUCAUAGUAGGCAAAUGAGAACAGGAUGAGGAAUUUGUGAUUUUUAAUCGCUGCUACCAUUUCUGGCCCUCCUACGUGCACAAAGGACUCGAUCAGGAGAUCGUACAAUCAACCCCCGUCUAUAACAGAAAGAAGAACCGUUCUUUUAAAGUGAGUGGACACCAGGAUACGUGUUUAUAAUGUGGUGGAAAAUUGACAUACCUCAUUGUGUUGGGUUGUGUAUAAUAUAUGUAAGCAUCAAUACCGAACGCAGGUGGGUGAAAAGGGUCUAAGAAAUGGGAUGUAUGUAAUUGAAAAAAGCAAAACGAACGAUGAACCAAUGCUAUACAAAAAAAAGGAAGAGAGAACUUUCUUUAAGAAAACAAUACAAUGAUAAAAUUGUGGUGUAAUACUGUAUAACCGCAUAAGUGUUAACAGUAAAAAAGAUUUUAAAAGAAAUAGUCCAUUCCACAUUGUCUGGAAACACCCCAUGUACUAGAAGAAAUUAUUUCAUGAAUAGGCUAAGAAACUCUAGCCAGGCCUAGUGGUUCUUACAAAUACAAAAGUUCUAAGCGUGUGCUUGGAUUCAUGUAAUAAUUAAAUUGUGACUGUACGUCAUACCCAUACAUCUACUAAGAAGAAACUUAUUAUGUAAAAACAAAAAAAAUCACAUGUAAAAGUACAUGAUGUACCGCACAAAAACAACUAAGUGUUUUGUUUUGCCAUCCAUAAAUUUCUUAUUCGUGCGAUGGGCAAUUAAGACCUAUCCUUUAAGAGGGUCAGACAUCAUGAAACUUUAUCCAAUUUAACAGAAGUAGUAUUUAGUUUGUAUAUAUAUGUAUAUUUGUAACGAUUGUAAAACAACCAUUCGUGGGUUAAGCAAAGAAUAUGCGAUUCCUUUACACAUUCAGUUCCCUUUAAGGUUCUUUGAACGAGCUUUUCGGUUGUCAAUGUAAGUAGUAGAAAUUGUACAAUAAACAUUUGAUUUGUGUAUAUUUAUCAGUUUGCACUUCAUGCCCGAUAUUAUUCCUUGAUGUAAAAAGUAUAAUGUGAAAGUGUCUUGCAAUUUUUGAACAUUAAGUAUAACUAACCUAUUCGUAUAAAUUAUUCGUAACUAUAUGGGCAGAAUAGGUCGCUUAGCAUUAUUGUGCUUUGUAAAGAAAAGGACAAAAAAAAAAAAAUCAUUAUGUAUAUCUGUGCAACUUCAUCUUUGUAAAAUUUCAUUAUGUAAUACAUUUAUAGCGUCGCGUAGUUUCAUUUAAAUUAUUUCUAAACAAGGCAACAAACUUUUCCUUUCGUGACUCGUAACGAAACAUUAAAGCAAAUACUCAGAUUCAGUAAGACAACAAGCGAUAUAGGACUGCAGAAAAUGUAGGACGGCGCUUACCGAAAUUUAUUUUUAACAUGUCAUAUCAUGAUAAAUAGAAAUUCAUUGAUCUAAGUCAGCUCCAGAUAAAAGUGUCUACUUAGUUCGUACUACUGAGAUACAACCGAGAAAGCUGGUAUUAAGAGUCUAUAUUUUUUAAAUUUAUCUUGAUGUCGUUUCCCCGCAAUGUGCUCCACAUUGAUAUUAUUUCAACGUAUGCCCCUGAUUGAUUGAGUUGACUUUGUAACAGAGCAAAAAACAGGAGUAUUAUAAGCUAAUGUAUAGAUUUUUCACGACAACCGAUACCCAACAGAGUUUCUAAGACUGCUUUAGAACUGUAUGUAUAUUGGACAUUUCGUAAAUAGCAUUAAUGUACGCGUAUGUACACACAUGCAUAUAUAUAUUAACUUAUGAUACCGAGGAGAAGCUUGGAAGUUAAUUCAGUCAUGACUAGAGCAGAACCCUGUGAAUAUCCAAGUAGGCAAAUUCACUGGAGCUGAAUGCGAUAUAUGUACAUAGAAGAGAGUGCAACUUGGACUGACCACAGAGAGAAAGGAAUGUAACAAAGGCUAAAUAUUAAUUAAGAGGAUAUCGAGUAAUGUUCUUUAUGUGUUUUACAUAUAUUCACAAUUUAUUCGAUAUAACAAGGGACGAAAUAAUAAAGUUUAGAGAAAAAGAGAGAAACGCUACGCCGUGAACAUGUAUGGGAAUGUAAGUAAAGAAAGGAACAAAACGAGGGGGAAAAAAAAAGAAAAGAAUCGAUAUCGAAGUGAUACUAGAGUAAAAAAAGCGCGGUCGUGUAUGCUAUUUAAGCUAAAUUUAAUACAUACUUAUAUGGAGUGUUUCAGACUUGUUCAUUGUCGUAUCGCUUUCAUUGCUGUCUUUUAUUUAACGUUACUGGGUAUCCGCUAUCGGUGCUUCGAUAACUGCGUAUUUAACAUAAUUUUUGAUAUUUUGUACCGUAUCAAUCAAAUCUUGAAUAAAAGUUGAUUUUCUUACGUUUUAAAAACAGGGACAUGCGUUACUCGAGUAUUCGAGCAUCGGAAGAAAAAGAGAUCCUACGUUACCGUUCCCCCUUUAAAGGAUACACGAGUUUAAUUAUUUGUAUCCCGUUUACGGAAUUUUCUAUGAACUUCAUAUUCGAUGCUCUAUCGUUUUAAUUAAUUAAGAACGAAGUUUACGCAUUAGAAAGUAUUUCUGAACGAUUUGUUAUAGAAGGUGUGUUUGGUAUGUAAUCGAGUCCCGUUUAUCGUUAUUGAAACUAUACUUAUUUCGGUGUUCCCUUGCUACCGAUGGAGAAAACUCUAAAACAUUCUGUGUAAGAUCAGUGCCGAGGUCGCAAAUAGAAAUUUUACAGCCGUCACAUCGAUGUAAUGUUAAUUACAUGAUAAAAGCAUUGCACACAUUGUACAAUAUCACGUGUUAAUAAUCUAAUGCGUUUUAAUUAUAUAUGAAAAAUAUAUAUAAAAAAAACGACAGAGCGAGACGCUUUUUCUCUGAUAUGUAUAUGUAUAUACAUGCAUACAUACAGCAUACAUAUACGUACAUAUACAGGGUGUUCGGCCACCUUUAAGACAAAUUUUAA